CGUCAUACGCGUCGGAUCUCUUCCGGGUCGAAAAAUUAGCACACCCGAUGAAUGUGAGCUAGCGGGCCUGGUUUAAAACCCACCAAAAACCAAAAAACAAAGCAACAGUAGCGGAUAUUUGGAUAUUUCCGAUACAGGACAUUCCGCAGUGUGGUUCUGUAACCAUAUGACACAGCGAUGCCAGGACUCAGCUGUCGAUUUUAUCAGCACCGGUUCCCAGAGGUGGAGGAUGUCGUGAUGGUCAACGUGAGGUCCAUCGCCGAGAUGGGCGCCUACGUCAGCCUUUUGGAGUACAAUAACAUCGAGGGCAUGAUCCUCCUGAGCGAGCUGUCACGUCGACGUAUCCGCUCCAUCAACAAGCUCAUCCGCAUAGGCCGCAACGAGUGUGUGGUUGUCAUCCGAGUAGACAAAGAGAAGGGAUACAUUGAUUUAUCAAAAAGAAGAGUUUCACCAGAGGAGGCCAUCAAGUGUGAAGAUAAAUUCACCAAAUCUAAAACUGUGUACAGCAUCCUCCGACAUGUGGCUGAGGUGCUGGAUUACAGUAAGGACGAGCAGCUAGAGAGCCUGUUCCAGCGCACUGCGUGGGUCUUUGACGAGAAAUACAAGCGACCAGGAUAUGGAGCCUACGACGUCUUCAAACAGGCUGUUUCAGAUCCCUCCAUCCUCGAUGGGUUGGACCUGACAGAGGAAGAGAGGAACGUGCUGAUCGAUAACAUCAACAGGCGACUCACUCCACAGGCUGUGAAAAUCAGAGCAGACAUUGAAGUGGCAUGCUACGGGUAUGAAGGGAUUGACGCAGUGAAGGACGCUCUGAGGGCUGGACUGAACUGCUCCACAGAGGCCAUGCCUAUCAAGAUCAACCUGAUCGCUCCUCCACGCUACGUGAUGACCACGACCACCCUGGAGCGCACAGAGGGCUUGUCCGUCCUCAACCAGGCCAUGGCUGCUAUCAAGGAGAAGAUCGAGGAGAAGAGGGGCGUCUUUAACAUACAAAUGGAGCCCAAGGUGGUGACGGACACGGAUGAGACAGAGCUGGCCCGGCAGCUGGAGAGGCUAGAGAGGGAGAAUGCCGAGGUGGACGGAGACGAUGACGCCGAGGAGAUGGAGGCCAAAGCGGAGGACUAAGUCUGUCCUCGGGGAGAGGCUGGUGGGAAACACACCAAAAGAGAAAGGUGGACAGACCUGGUUGCAGUUAUACAGUCCCACAGAUGUUAACUCUUACAUUGCAAACAUUAACUGAAGUUGAUAAUUCAUAGGCAAACAUCCCAGUCUGUUUUAUUAACAAGGUUUGUCUGAGAAGAUGGUAACAAGCAGUGCUGUCCUCCUGUACCAACACACGGACAAAAACAAAAAAGUUCAGUUUCAAAUGCUACAUCAGUGUAGUUUCUAUUUUUAAGUACAUCAAUUUGAAUAAAUGAUACUCUAAAAAUAAAAGUUCAGCUGUUUACAAGCAGUGGCCUUCACUUAUCUCUUGCUUAAGAGCCCAGUGUCUUCAGUGUCCAUGGCGCUUCACCUCUGGCUGGUCACUAGAUGUGGUUCAUUAAAGGGGAAACACGUAGGCUCGUCUGUCUCAACACCGUCAGUGGUGACUUUUGUGCUGUUCCUCUUCCAGUUUAAGGGUUUUUACUGGCAGCGUUUUUGCUCUUGUUCAGCUCACAUGACAUCAAUAAAGAUCUGGAAGUUUUGAUCA